GAACUUCUCAGGUACGCAGGUUUCCUCACGAUGUUUUCCUUUACCGUUCUAAUUUACUUACUGAUACGAUAAUAUAACGUUAAAACAAAGUCGGCUUCCUACUCAUUUAUUUCAACUUCCUACAUUGUUCAUCGAGAAAAUGCCAUUGUGAUUAAGUAAGAAAAUCGCCAACAAAAUAUGCGACGAAUGUAAACAACCGAACGUUACAUGAUACAAUCGAAAUCACACCAAAAACCGUUACAAUAACAUUUGUGACAAUGGUUGUUUAACAAACAAAUUUUAUUUACACUACGCAAAGAAUAUCAGAUCAUCUGAUAUCAGUCGUGGUGCAUCUUGCGCGGUAGUACGAUGUGCUGGUGGAUCGUGAUUAUGGCUAUGGUUUUGGAAAUUGCGUCUUCAGUGUCGUACUACGGUCCGGCAUGGAGCUACGACGACGAGACGAACUGGCCCGGCAGUAAAUGUAGAGAAGGCGGAAAGAGACAAUCGCCCAUAGACAUCAGAACUACUGACGUCAUUAAGGACUUCAACAGCCACUUCAUCAAAUACGGAGCGUUGAAGUUCAUAGGAUAUCAGAAAGUCCUCCUGACUGGAGUCAAUAACGGACAUACUAUACAAUUCAGCUGCGAAGGCGAUGAGACGAUCCAUCCGGUUCUCACCGGCGGCCCUCUCAAGCAUCAGUACAGGCUCGAACAGAUGCAUUUCCACUGGCUGUCGGAGCAUUCUAUUAACGGAAUGAAGUACCCGAUGGAGAUCCACUUCGUGCACGUGCGGUCUGAUCUCACUGUGAUGGAAGCAUUGCAGAAGAAGGAUGGUUUGGCCAUCGUCGCUGUGUUCUGCCAAGUGCAAAGUGACCUGGACGACUUCGACACGGAGAAUACCGAGGAACUGGCGCAGACCAUCCCGAGACUCCUCAACACUGGAGAGAGGCUCAGCGGCGUGCUGCUUGAUAUGACGAAGCUUCUAAGUCCAAACAGAUACAACUACUUCACGUAUGCGGGCUCGCUGACGUCUCCGGAGUGCAAUGAAGUCGUCAUUUGGAUAAUAUUCGAGUCUCCGAUCUACAUGUCAGAUGCACAGUACCGCAUGUUCGGCAAGGUUGGCGUGGGUCGGCACAACUUCCGCAGCCUGCAAAAAGUCAGUAAUCACCUGGUGUUCUGCCCGCCCGCCAGCCACAUCAACACGCCGCAAAUCGUCAUCUUCUUCGAGAGCGUUGUUAAACUCGUUGCUGAGUUCUUCAAGAAUGUUACAAGUUAUAUGGCAAAAGGACUUAAAUCGCGAUAACGAAAAUUAGUUUGUAUUUUUUUAAUAAAAAUAUAAAACCACCUCUUUUGUUUAAUUUUACCCGAAAUAAAAAAAAACACGUUAUUGUAUAAUUAUUUAUUUAAAUUAAAUU